AUGAAUGUUUUCUACGCAUCCGUUAAAGAGGCCUCUAACGGUGCCCUCGACCUUUACGUUUACCCUGCGGCCGUCGUCUACCCAAGUUACGGGUCUGAUUUCGCCUGGUCCGCAAACCACAAAAGUGGCACUACUCUUUUAUCGGGUACUGCCUUUGACGCUGAUCUGAGAGCGUUUUUCAGCAGUGGCUUCACAUCCAGGCAACAUGAGCAUGCAAUGGCUCUUACUGGGUUAGAUCUCCUUGGCAGCGAUGGAAGCAGCGGAUUGCUAGGAUACGCCUACGUGGGAACAGUAUGUGUAAACACUCAGUACAAGUACUCCAUCAACGAGUACACCGCCUCCAACGUGGCGUGGGUGGCGUCACAUGAGCUGGGACACGCACUUGGUUCUCAACAUGACCAGUCCACCGACUGUCCGGCCGGCAGGAACGUUAUGUCAGCCUACCUGUUUUCGCCUUCCUCCACCACCGCGGACACUUACAGCAGAUUUUCGACGUGCAGCGCAAGCCAAUUUAUCACCCAUCUAAACAGUAAAACCGACUGCACCGCCCAAAAUGGCUUCACGGACGAGCAGUUCCGAGCCUCGUUUUGCAGUGGCCUGCUUGGUCAGCGAGACAACAGUCUAAACUAUCAGUGUCAGCAGCGAACUGGUUACGCCGGGAGCACUGUGUGCAGCGGAACGAUCAGCGGCGACGCGGGAUGUUACGCCUACGGUCAAGUUGCGUGUAGAGAUGCAAGCGGUGCAUGCAGCGUCAGACUCGGAUUCGUGUGGAAUGGAACCCCGUGCGGUAUUGGGCGGAUGUGCUUUAAAGGACGAUGCGUUGCUAACUUUGAUGUUUGCAACUCCGUAACAACCGCUGCUCCAACAACUGCAGCACCUACAACCGCUGCUCCAACAACCGCUGCUCCAACAACCGCCGCUCCAACAACCGCCGCUCCAACAACCGCCGCUCCAACAACCGCCGCUCCAACAACCGCCGCUCCAACAACCGCUGCUCCAACAACCGCUGUUCCAACAACCGCCGCUCCAACAACCGCCGCUCCAACAACCGCCGCUCCAACAACCGCCGCUCCAACAACCGCCGCCCAAACAACCGCUGCUCCAACAACCGCCGCUCCAACAACCGCCGCCCCAACAACCGCUGCUCCAACAACCGCCGCUCCAACAACCGCCGCUCCAACAACCGCUGGUCCAACAACCGCUGCUCCCACAACUGCUGCUCCCACAACCGCUGCUCCCACAACCGCCGCUCCAACAACCGCCGCUCCAACAACCGCUGCUCCAACAACCGCUGUUCCAACAACCGCCGCUCCAACAACCGCCGCUCCAACAACCGCCGCUCCAACAACCGCCGCUCCAACAACCGCCGCUCCAACAACCGCUGCUCCAACAACCGCCGCUCCAACAACCGCUGCUCCAACAACCGCCGCUCCAACAACCGCCGCUCCAACAACCGCCGCUCCAACAACCGCUGGUCCAACAACCGCUGCUCCCACAACUGCUGCUCCCACAACCGCUGCUCCCACAACCGCUGCUCCAACACCCACUGCUCCAUGUGAUUGUUGUCGUAGAAGGGUCGUAUAUUCGGCUGCAUGCUGCGACCGAAAUUACCGUCGAUUCAAAACGGUAUGCCCAUGCUGUCCAAACCCAAGUCCGUUUCAGUUAACUAAGAACUCAAUCAUCCCGGAUGACGAUGAGCAAAUGUCCGAAUAA